AUGAUGUUCUUGAUCGAUACCGUAUUAUGCGAUAUAGAAUUUAAUAUUCAAGACUUCAGAAAUAGAAUUAGAAUUUACAGUAGAAUUUAUAUUGUUGAAUGGAUUUCCCAACUUUUGCGAAUUUAUUGCAUUGAUUGCAUUGCCUAAAAUAUUUGUCUGUCUCGUUUUCAACACAGAUUGAUACCGGUACCUGGCCCUCGGUCAAAAAAGUUUGGUGACCGCAGGUGUAGUCUGUAGACGGCAUCUCGCAAAGAAGGAAAAGCGGAACAUACAGUAAUAUUUCCAACUUUGUUACAGCGGUUCUAAUGUUUAUGGGUUUUGGGUACCGGUACCGGUAAUCUUCGCGAUAUUCUUUUCGUGUUGAAAAUUAUUGAAUAGCAUUAAUGAUGACCACAUAGCAUUUUGCUAUCCUAUACUUCAUAGGCCACAAUUUCAUUCAGCAUCGGAAUAGCGAGCUGACAUAAAAUGCAUGGUAUUUACAGAAUAAUGAUGCCCUAGCGGGUAUAUAAAAGCAUAGACACGAUUGCGUAUGAGCUAAAUAUCUAUGUUAGAAUAUGCAAUGAAAAAUCUCGAGAUUGAGAUAGCUUGUAUGAUUAUGACGUAUGGUGUAUGUGUGUAUGACGCCAACAUCAGAACGACCAGGCCGCAGGCACCCCCUUGUAAUACCAUUGUUUUUGAGCUCUAGCUAUCCAAUUACGGUAUGUUUCUGUGAUUUGGUUUUUCCGUCAUUUUCCUAUUUCUGUAUUUUUUUCUCUCCAUUGAUUGCUGAAUUGACAUAACUACGAAGCUAGUACCGGUACAUACAACAGCCUAUAAACAGCUAAAGACUGGAAGAUGGCAGAAGGUUCAGAUUUUACUGAUGGUAAGAUGGAAGUAACUACUGACAAUCCAAUUAUGUCGAUGAGAACAAACAUUUCUACUGAGCAACAAGAUUCCCAAAUACCGACAGAACAGAACAGUGAACUUGUAGAAAGAAUACCGGUACAGGAUGCUGGACAAGCUGUUAUGCAAAGAUUGACUGAAGUAGCAAUCACUUCACGCAGUAUGGGUGAUCGCAGGAUUGCUCAAAGUGAACAUAACACAGUUUCAACAAGUGAAAAGCAGGUUGCAGAGUCUAAUCAAGUCAAUGUCACUGGCGGCAACUAUAAUAACCCCGUUUUUGGUUCCAAAGAUUUACAUCUCACUCGUCAAGAAGGAGUAGUGAGCAGCGACCUCAGGCAUGCACAUCUUGGAAACACAUUCAUCCAAACACAAUAUGUCGUUACUCAUGAGAAGGACGACAGUCGCUCAAGACAAGGGAAGAAACCAAAAAAAUCCAAGGGCAGAAAGAAAAAAGAGUCCCCAGAUGAUAGUAGUGACAGUGAAAGUGAAGGAUAUAUAGAAGACGGUCGCUCAAGACGAGGAAAGAAAUCCAAAAAGUCCAAGGGCAGAAAGAAAAAAGAGUCCUCAGAUGAUAGUAGUGACAGUGAAAAUAAAGAAGACAGCCGCUCAAGACGAGGAAAGAAAUCCAAAAAAUCCAAGGGCAAAAGGAAAAAAAAAUCUUCAGGUGAUAGCAGUGACAGUGAAAAUGAAAAUGAAGAAGUUGUAACUCUCUCUUCAAACAUUAAAAUGUAUAGAAGUCGUAAGCUUUCAAAGAAAAAAGGUCACAUUUAUGAGGGGGUAAUGACCAGUCCCAUUAUUGGUCGUCGAAUUGUAGCAAUCAAAUUCAUUUCACACACCACAAAGCAUGAGGAAGAAGCAAAAAUUUUGUUGAAAUUGACACCACAUACAAAUGUGUCAUCUAUUAUCCACUCGGAUUUGUGUGCUGAGGGACCAAUCAAAUACAUGUAUAUUGUUAUGGAAAAAUGCGGCACUCAAAAUCUAGCAGAUUACAUGGAUGAUAGAAAGAGAAAGGGUGUUCCUUUCAAUAUUGAACUUGCCCUGAAACACUCUCUACAACUAGUUGAAGCUAUUGGGCACAUCCAUAAAAACAAUAUUGUUCACAGGGAUCUAAAACCAGGAAAUAUUUUAUUCUCCUUCUGUAAAAAAUAUAUCAAAAUUGUUGACUUUGGAUUGAGCAAAGAAUUGAUAAAUGGACGCACUGUUACCGGUGUCAGCACCCUGGAACCAGAUACUGAUGGAUACAGAGCUCCAGAAACAUAUAACAAGAAUAUUAUUUCAAGGUUUGCAGAUAUUUUCUCACUCGCUCUCGUUAUGUUUUUUCUUUGGAGUUAUGGCCAACAUCCAUUUGGUGAUGACAUGCUUCUUUGGAAUUUUAAUAUUAAGAAGGGGAAGGGUCUUGAUUUGAGCAGAUUACUCGUACCAGGCAGUGAUAUGGCAAAGAAUUUGCUUAUGAAGAUGUUGCAGUUUGAGCCAACCAAGCGACCAAAAAUAAAGGAAAUUCUGAAUGAUGAAUAUUUCAGAUUGGAUAUCUGUCAGCAACUUAUAGAAAGCUUGAACCAGGUGUGGAAUGGCACAGUAAAAUAUUUACAGGCUCCAAAUCCUACAUUGUAUAUAAGUGGAUCGAUUUAUCAAACUCCUCAGGAUAAUGGUAAUGAAAAUGAGAAUGAAGUUCUGGAUGGUCAGAAUUGGUCGCAAAUGUUUGCAAUGAAAUUGAUUCCACAACUUGAUAUUGGUGAUAUUAGACGUUAUACUGGUACCAGUCCAUCAGGAUAUUUCAUAACAUCAUCAUAUCAGGAAAUUAAAGAAGUGACAGAAAAAAUUGGAAAGAAUAAUCAGAUGGCAUGGAUUGACAUUUCAUCAAAAAAACAAAAUGAAAACAAAGUGCUCCUGCUGCUUUGUAACUCAGAUUAUCCAGAAUUAUAUGGGUUCCUCAUACCAGAUCAAAAUUAUUUCUUAAGUCGUAUUCAAGAAAUCAUAAUGAAUCAAAGGACAAUGAAGGGAGGAUCUAAAGGGAACGAUGCUGAGGUUGCAGCUGCAAUAUCUGCUUUUGAAGCAUUAAAAUCUCAAAAGACUCAACCUGAAGAAAGUCAACAAUCCAUUGUUCCUGCAAGUCAGGCUGAACAAAGAAUGGUUGAAUCAGUUACUGAUGAUAUUGCCGAUAACACAUCAUCAACAACAGUGGAACAAUCUGAUCAGGACCGGUUUCAAAGUUCAAGAAAUGUCCAACUUGGGUCUUGCAGAGAUAUGAUACCAUGGUGGUUUCUCCACGAUGUUGAAAAUAUGCAAGAAUGAAAAUGGCCAUCAGCUCCAGAUGAUAAUAUAUAUAUGUCAUUUGCCCUAAACAUCUUCAGUUUUAGUAAUAUUCACACUUUUUAAUGGGAUGAUACAAAUGGGAUUGUAUUAUGGGAAAGGUACAAUUAAUUGCCUCAAGGUUUUCUGUCAGAUGCCAAUGUGUGCUUGUUUAUGUAUACUGGCUUUUAUCCAGUAAAAAGUGUAGUAUCCACUGUUGAUUUGUCCCUUUCCGGGUAAAUCUACUUCGAUUGUGUUUGCAAUUUAGCUCAUGUUGCCUCAGACCUAAGGAAAUGAGGUUACUAUGUUGAGAUUAAGUUGCCAAGUCAUAAAUAUAUAUAUUUUAAGAAUUUUCAAAUUUUAUUAUAUUUGUGUGAGUGUUAAUUAUGCAAUCCAGAUGGAUGUAAAAUAUUUCAUUAUUACAAAAAAAUUUCAUGUAAUUUGUAUAUGCUUUUCCAACAUAUGUAAUAGAGAUUCUGAACAUUC